CCUCUUGUUUCGGAACCGACCGGAACCUAAGACAAAGGGGGAAAAGAGGGAGAUCCGCUCCCCCCUUCUCCGGCGAUACCCGACUCCGCGCGCCUCAAGGCAUCUAACUUUUCGUUUUCCUCCCCGCACUCUCUAUCUCGAUUUUUUUUUGGUAAUUAAUUAGUUUCGAAAGUCAUCCAUCUCGGUUUGGCAUUGAAGUGCAAGCUGGUCCUUUCUCGUUCUUGGCUUCAGAAAAAUGGAUCCCAUUAAAGCUCCGUUCAGAGGAGUUAGUAAAGAUAUCAGAGGAAGAGUAUCGUGCUACAAGCAAGAUUGGAUUGGUGGGUUCAAUUCAGGCUUCAGGAUACUGGCCCCCACCGUGUACAUCUUUUUUGCUUCUGCUCUUCCUGUCAUAGCAUUUGGAGAGCAAUUAAUGAAGGACACAGAAGGAACGCUUGGCACGGUGGAAACUUUAACUUCAACUGUUAUUUGUGGCAUCAUACACUCAAUACUUGGUGGCCAGCCCAUGUUGAUCUUAGGAGUUGCAGAGCCCACCGUCAUAAUGUAUUCUUAUUUGUACGAGUUUGCCAAAGGCCGUGAAGAUCUCGGACCGCAUCUGUUUUUAGCCUGGAGUGGAUGGGUCUGUAUCUGGACAGCGUGCAUCUUGAUUCUCCUUGCUGUUUUUAAUGCCAGUGCUGUUAUUAUUAGAUUUACUAGGAUUGCAGAUGAACUGUUUGGGAUGUUAAUCUCUGUUCUCUUCAUUCAACAAGCCAUUAAGGGCGUAGUGAGUGAAUUUAGCGCAUCAGAAGGUGAAGACCCGAGUCUACCUGCAGUGCAGCAGUUCGAAUGGCAAUACACGAAUGGAUUGCUGGGGAUCAUAUUCUCGAUCGGCUUGCUGUAUACUGCUUUAAAGAGCAGGAGGGCAAGGGCAUGGCGAUAUGGCACAGGCUGGUUUAGAAGCUUCGUAGCGGACUAUGGGGUCACUUUCAUGGUUCUGGUGUGGACGGCAUUGUCUUAUGCGGUCCCGAACAAUGUUCCUUCAGGGGUUCCCAGGAGGCUUUUUAGUCCACUUCCAUGGGAACCUAAAUCGUUGCAACACUGGACUGUAGUGAAGGAUUUGCUGUCGGUUCCGCCGGUCUACAUAUUUGCUGCCAUAAUACCUGCUGUGAUGGUUGCGGGCCUUUAUUUUUUCGACCACAGUGUGGCUUCACAGAUGGCUCAGCAAAAAGAAUUCAAUCUCCAAAAUCCUUCGGCUUAUCAUUAUGACAUUUUGGUUCUCGGAUUCAUGGUUUUAAUAUGUGGGUUGCUCGGAAUCCCUCCUUCAAAUGGGGUUCUGCCGCAGUCACCCAUGCAUACCAAGAGCCUAGCUGUACUUAAGAGACAGAUGGUCGAGACUUCAAACGAAGGCGUGAAACAAGAUGCUAGCAAAUCAGGGAUAUAUGGCAAAAUUCAAGAGGUGUUUAUAGAAGUGGACAAAGGCCAUAAACAUACUGUGUCGAUAGAUAGAGAGUUGAAGGACUUGAAGGAUGGGGUUCUGCAAAAUGGAAGUGGUGAAGGAGAAGAUGAAGGUAAAUUUGACCCUGAGAAGCCCAUAGAUGCUCAUUUGCCAGUUCGGGUCAACGAGCAGAGAGUGAGCAACUUGUGCCAGUCCCUCCUGGUGGGCGCUUGUCUUGGAGCGAUGCCCAUCAUCCAGAAGAUACCCACAUCCAUUCUCUGGGGAUAUUUUGCUUACAUGGCCGUUGAUAGCCUUCCCGGGAGUCAGUUCUGGGAGAGGAUAAAGCUUCUGUUUGUCACUCCCGGCCGGCGUUUCAAGGUUCUGGAAGGCGAACAUGCUCCAUUUAUCGAGUCCGUCCCCUUCAGAGUAAUUAAUUGCUUCACGAUGUUCCAACUAGCAUAUUUCCUGCUCUGUUUUGGGUUGACAUGGAUACCUGUAGCUGGAAUUCUGUUUCCACUGCCCUUCUUCUUGCUAAUCGGCAUCAGACAGCAUGUCCUUCCAAAGUUCUUUCACCCACAUCACCUGUGGGAACUGGACGCAGCCGAAUAUGAGGUAAUAGCCGGUGCCCCUCGUCGCCAUCCCAGUUUCUCGGUUCACCAUCCCAGCAUCACACUUCGGGUCCUUGAGGGGGAAUAUUCCCUGUCAGAAAGUGCGGACAGCGAUCAUGAGUUAUGUGAUGCCGAAAUUUUGGAUGAACUCACGACCAGCAGAGGAGAACUUAAAAUUAGAACCAAAAGUUUUACCGACGAGAAAUUCCUUUCGGUUUAUCCGGAGGAGGGGAGCCCUCAAGAUGUGUAGAAAGAGAGAUGAGACCACUUUUAAGCAAAAUCUGAAGGAAUUCUGUGGUUGCUGUGAGGGGAUCAUUGUCAUUGUAUAUAAUAAUUUCAGAUGGAAAGCAGUCAGGUUUCUUCACUGCGCCAGAAAAUUUGAUGGUUCGUCGAAGUGGAAAGAAAAUAAUGUGUACCUGAUUUCCUUUUUGUCAUUCUUAACCCCACCCGUUCCACUUUCUUUUCCUUUGAUUCCUUUUUUUUUUUUUGCCGUUUCGUUCCAUCACUCAGAUUAAAUGGGGGAAGGGGAAAAAAUAGAAGAUUGCUGGGAGUCUAAACUAUUUAUCUAAAGAACUGCUUAUUACGAGGAACAUGAAUAUGGAAGAAUUGAUAAAAAGGAUACAGCAGUAUAGUUUAUUGCCUCAGAAAUGAUAGUUGGACGCUUCAAAAUUUUAUUGUACUAUUACUAGU